CGUCCCGACCAUCGAGAGCGACUUCCGGCGGCAUCGCUGGAGGAGGUGGGUGAAGAAGGAGCGGGUCGGCGCCUCUCGCUCUCACUCCGCCGCUCGCUCUCUCGGGCAACAUGGCGGGCGUGGAGGAGGCAGCGUCCUUCGGGAGCCACCUGAAUGGCGACGUCGAUCCGGACGACAGGGAGGAGGGCACUUCCAGCACGGCCGAGGAAGCCGCCAAGAAGAAGAGACGGAAGAAGAAGAAGGGCAAAGGGGCCGUGUCAGCAGUGCAACAAGAACCUGAUAAAGAAUCAGGAGCCUCCGUGGAUGAGAUAGCAGGACAGUUGGAAAGACAAGCACUGGAUGAGAAAGAGAGAGAUGAGGAUGAUGAAGAUGGAGAUGGUGAUGGUGAUGGCGCAUCUGGGAAGAAGAAGAAAAAGAAGAAGAAGAAGAGAGGACCAAAGGUUCAAACAGACCCUCCCUCAGUUCCAAUAUGUGACCUGUAUCCUAAUGGUGUAUUUCCCAAAGGACAAGAGUGUGAAUACCCACCCACACAAGAUGGGCGAACAGCUGCUUGGAGAACUACAAGUGAAGAAAAGAAAGCAUUAGAUCAGGCUAGUGAAGAGAUUUGGAAUGACUUCCGAGAAGCUGCAGAAGCACAUCGACAAGUUAGAAAAUAUGUUAUGAGCUGGAUCAAGCCUGGGAUGACAAUGAUAGAGAUCUGUGAGAAGUUAGAAGACUGUUCUCGAAAGCUAAUAAAAGAGAAUGGGUUAAAUGCAGGCCUGGCGUUUCCCACUGGGUGUUCUCUUAACAACUGUGCUGCACAUUACACGCCAAAUGCUGGUGACACGACAGUCUUACAGUAUGAUGACAUCUGCAAGAUAGACUUUGGAACACACAUAAAUGGUAGAAUAAUUGAUUGUGCUUUCACUGUCACUUUUAAUCCCAAAUAUGAUAUAUUAUUAAAAGCUGUAAAAGAUGCUACUAAUACUGGAAUAAAGUGUGCUGGGAUUGAUGUUCGUCUUUGUGAUGUUGGUGAAGCCAUUCAAGAAGUUAUGGAAUCCUAUGAAGUAGAAAUAGAUGGGAAGACUUACCAAGUGAAACCCAUCCGUAAUCUAAAUGGACACUCGAUUGGGCCUUAUAGAAUCCACGCUGGAAAAACAGUGCCCAUUGUGAAAGGAGGGGAGGCUACAAGAAUGGAGGAAGGAGAGGUGUAUGCCAUUGAAACCUUUGGUAGCACAGGAAAGGGUGUCGUUCAUGAUGACAUGGAAUGUUCACACUACAUGAAAAACUUUGAUGUGGGACAUGUGCCAAUAAGGCUUCCAAGAACAAAACACUUGCUAAAUGUCAUCAAUGAAAACUUUGGCACCCUUGCCUUCUGCCGCAGAUGGCUGGAUCGCUUGGGAGAAAGUAAAUACCUAAUGGCUCUGAAGAAUCUGUGUGACUUGGGCAUAGUAGAUCCAUACCCACCACUGUGUGACAUCAAAGGGUCAUACACGGCACAGUUUGAACAUACCAUACUGCUGCGUCCAACUUGUAAAGAAGUCGUCAGCAGAGGAGAUGACUAUUAAACUAGUCCAAAGCCAGCUCCACGUCUUUAUUUUCUAAGCUUUGUUGGAAUACGUUAUACCACAAGUAAUUUGCAACAUGUUGUCUGUUUUAACAGUGGACCUGUGUAAUAUCUUUAUCCAUGUUUCAAGGAGUUUUCAAAGGCAAACUGUCUCCAUGUAAUUAACCAAGGAAAAGGCUUUCAGGACUUUAAUGUUAACUGUCUCUCCCGUCUAGAAACUGCUGCACCAUUGACUAGUUAGGAAUUCCUUACACGUUUUGUUCUGAAGACCUAAGACAUGCUUUUGGAUAUUUAUAUUGCCAUGUUCUUCCUUGAAUGCUCUGAAUGACCACAUCCAGUUCUGCACCUGCGCCCUCUGGUGUUGCUUUUUAACCUUCCUUGGAGUCCAUUUUCUAAAUAAAGACAUUUUCAGAUCGGA